AUGGUCUACGCGCCCAACGCUCACGACGGCGCCGCCUCCGAGGUCGACCGCUUCCUGCUUGAGCCGACUCAGGGCCUGAGCAUGGACGUCGUCGAGUGGUGGAAGCUGUCCGGAGGCAAGUACCCACGCCUACGACGCGUGGCCUCGACUAUUUUGCCUAUCCCGGCGUCGUCCGUGCCUCCGAUGAGAGCAAACUCGGCCGCCAAGCGCUCCUUUCUCGACCGACCCAAACCUGCACAAGUGCACGUUCAAGGCCGAGAUGUGUGUGCCGCUCAUGAAAGCAACAAGAUCGUGGUGGUUCCAGGGAACGCUCUGCACGUGAUCCGUGGCAAGAAACCCGAGUUGAAGCGUUGGCUCAGCAGGAACCCAUCGCACUUUCUGGAUGAGCUGAACACAAAGACGUUCGUUUCAAAUGAGGUCCUCUCCAAAGCCAAGAAGAAUCCCCAACAGUUGGAGGGCGUGUGUUUGCUGCUCGACUACUUCAUUGACGGAGGCGAGCGAAAGUGUCAGAAGCUGCUGGAAACGCUCCAAGACCUCAAGGAACAAUAUCCAGAAAUAAAGCACUGGCUUCACCGCCUUGAGGACGAGGCACAGAUUGUGGUUGUGGAGGAGGACAUCGAAGAGCAGAUCUCUCGCAACCGGGACAACCUCAUCCAGUGGAUCUCCAAAGACCCAACGUUCCUCCUGGACGAGAUGGACAGCAAGUGGUACAUCGAGCGGCGCGUCUACACCCAAGUCAGAGACAAGAGGGAUGGCUUAGAGUGUGCCAGCUUCCUGCUCGACCACUUCAUGUCCGGAGGACAGGGCUACCAGAAGCUGCUUGUGGCGCUGAGGGCCGUCCAGAGACACUACGACCCCAAGCUACGUACCUGGCUGGAUAAGCUAAAAUGUCCGGGUGCAACCGGUUCUCCAACUGUCCGUGAUAACCGCAUCGUGGUUGUUCCUGGCAACGCUCUUCACGUGAUCCGAGGCAAGAAACCCGAGUUGAAGCGUUGGCUCGGCAAGGACUCGUCGCCUCUGCUCAGAGAGCUGGAAAAGAAGCAACUCCUCUCCGCGGAGAUUCUCUCCAGAGCCCGGAGCAUUUCCUGCGAACUGGAGCGUGCGGGUUUCCUGCUCGACCACUUCAUCGACGGAGAGGAGAAGAAAUGCCAUCAGCUCCUGUGCACGCUGCAAGACCUCAGGAGCAGCUAUCCGGAGGUCAACGUUUGGCUUGAGACUCUGGCGAACGAAGCCCACAUCGUGGUGGUGGAGGAGGAGACGGAGGCGGCCGUCCAGGGCAACAAGGACGAACUCAAGGCGUGGAUCGCCCUGGACCCCUCGCUGCUGCUUGACGAGAUCGACAGCAAGUGGUACGCCCAGCGCUCGUUCUACAUCACGGCCAAGAACAUGGAGAGCAAGGACGAGUGCGCCGCCUACAUCCUCGACCAUUUCAUCGACGGGGAGGCGGGCUACCAGAAGCUGCUGGUGGCUCUGAGGGCCGUGCAAGACCACUACCCUCAGCAGUUGUGCGUGUGGCUGGACAACCUCGGGUCGUCAAAGAUCCAGACGACUCGAGGUGGAAGCCAGUCAAGCCACUCAAGUGUGGAUUGCCCCGUCACUGUUGAGUUUUCAUAACUGAGAUAAUAUCAGCAAUGGUGGCUACACAAUUAAGUGCCCGUCAACUUUCAUCAUAGCCAGCCACACAAACUGCUGGAUGAAGGCCUCCUCGUGCACUCUACAUCGCUCAUGGUUCCUGUAGCUUCUGAUCACACAGCUCCAUCUCUCUGAGGUGGACAUCACCUUGUCCGUGUUUCCUGAUUUUCGAUGCCAAUGCGAUCUUGAAAUUACUCCAAAAUUGGUAUUGGGAGCCACUGAAGGGAUUGGAAUCUUUAGGGUGAUGUAGUCUCUUGAACGGGUGCGGAGUUUGGCGAGAUGUUAACUGCCUCGCCUGGUGUGCAGGAGGUCGUGGGUUUGAUCCUGACCCUGAUGCCUGCUGCUGCUGCUGUAUAUUUGGAGUUUGCGUGUCUCUCAUCAUCAUCAUCAUCACGGUGGCUAGAUGUUAACUGCCUCGCCUGGUGUGCAGGAGGUCGUGGGUUUGAUCCUGACCCUGAUGCCUGCUGCUGCUGCUGUAUAUUUGGAGUUUGCGUGUCUCUCAUCAUCAUCAUCACGGUGGCUAGAUGUUAACUGCCUCGCCUGGUGUGCAGGAGGUCGUGGGUUCGAUCCUGACCCUGAUGCCUGCCGCUGUACAUUUGGAGUUUGUGGUGACUCUCUGCCAGUGGUGGUUGCGCAGAUUUCUCUCCCUCUGCGGAUCUAUGGGUCUCUCUGAAUAUUGGUCUCUCGUCGCUGCAAACAAACGAAGAUGGCAGCGACGAUGGCAACGAGACGACAGCUACGACGAGACGAUCCAAUUCCCAACCCAAUCUCGGCCCCCUUUUAUGCUAACAGCGUGGCCUGGCUCUGCCCUGACCGCACCUCCUUUAAAUUUCGAUUUAAAGCUUUCGUGACUGCAGGGAUUCAUCUUCUUGGUUCUUUUGGUAAAGUCACGUAGAAGGGAAGUAAUAAAAUAAUACAAAU